UGGUGGUGGGCGUCGUGGCCAUGGCGGCGGCUAUCGCCAGCUCGCUGAUCCGUCAGAAGAGACAAGCCCGCGAGCGCGAGAAAUCCAACGCCUGCAAGUGUGUCAGCAGCCCCAGCAAAGGCAAGACCAGCUGCGACAAAAACAAGUUAAACGUCUUUUCCCGGGUCAAACUCUUCGGCUCCAAGAAGAGGCGCAGAAGGAGACCAGAGCCUCAGCUUAAGGGCAUAGUUACAAAACUCUACAGCCGCCAAGGUUACCACUUGCAGCUGCAGGCAGAUGGAACCAUCGAUGGCACAAAAGACGAGGACAGCACUUACACUCUGUUUAACCUCAUCCCUGUGGGUCUUCGAGUGGUGGCUAUCCAAGGAGUUCAAACCAAGCUGUAUUUGGCAAUGAACAGCGAGGGGUACCUAUACACCUCGGAACAUUUUACACCUGAGUGCAAAUUCAAAGAAUCGGUGUUUGAAAAUUAUUACGUGACAUAUUCCUCGAUGAUAUACCGCCAGCAGCAGUCCGGCCGAGGGUGGUAUCUGGGUCUGAACAAAGAAGGGGAGAUCAUGAAAGGAAACCAUGUGAAGAAGAACAAGCCUGCAGCUCACUUUCUGCCCAAACCACUCAAAGUGGCCAUGUACAAGGAGCCGUCACUGCACGAUCUCACGGAGUUCUCCCGGUCUGGAAGCGGGACCCCAACCAAGAGUAGAAGUGUCUCCGGCGUGCUGAACGGAGGCAAGUCCAUGAGCCACAACGAAUCAACGUAGCCAGUGAGGGCAAAACAAGGGCUCUGUAACAGAACCUUACCUCCAGGUGCUGUUGAAUUCUAGCAGUCCUUCCCCCCAAAGUUCACAGUCAUCAAUGACGUUCACCAAAUAGACAGGCAGAGUUCACUAGUCUCUCUGCCGUGACACCUUCUUACCAUCCAUACUAACGCCCCAUAACUUCUAUUGAGCUUGUGCAAAAGAAUGCCAAGCUUUGUCAGUGAACUAAAUCCUGGAGAAGGACUGCCCAAUUUUCCCAUGAUCUCACCUGUGCUUUGGGGAUGACAAGCCAAAAACAUUUCACAGCACUAAUGCUGAUCAAAAUUUGCUCUCCAACCAAGAAAAUUUAAAAGACCACAAUUGCUCUUCAAAAACAAAAACAAAGAAAAAAAUCAAAACAAAACAAAACAAAACUAACUGCUUAAAUGUUUUGUAGGGGCAAACAAAAUUAUGUGACCUGUGUUGUUUUCUUGGCUUAAUGUUUUCUAUCUACGCUUGAUUCUUUACUUUGGUAAUAGUGCAACUUUAUGAUUUCUGAAAUUCAAUGGUUCUAUUGACUCUGAGUCACUUAAUCCAAAUCAACCAAAUUCAGGGUUGAAUCAGAAUUGGCAUCUCAGGCUCAAGGUAACAGUGUUCUUGUGAUUCUACCUUUUUUUUUUUUUUUAAGAAUUAUAGCGUAUUCUGGUCAAGUUCUUGUGCUGUAUUCCGUGCAUAGAAAUUGAGGUGUAUUGUCAACCCCAGUCAGUAAAGAUUACUUAAAAGAAAAAAGAUUAUCCUCAAGUGUAGAUUUCUCUUAAUUCCAUUUGUGUUAUCAUGUUCAACUAUUGUUGUGGCUUCUUGUAUAAAGACAGAAACUGUGGAGCUGUGACGUCGUCUUUUGUGUUGUUAAAAUAAGAAAUGUCUUAUCUGUAUACGUACGAGUCCUCCCGUCGUUGUAUUUGGCAUGUGAAUAUCGUGUACAAGGAAAUGUUAAGACUGGUUACGCCUAAACAACAUAUACUUAUACUUGCUUCUGGAAAAGUGUUUAAGACUUAGCUAGGUUUCCAUUUAGAUCUUCAUAUCUGUUGCAUGGAAGAAAGUUGGAAUCUUGGCAUAGAGUUGCAUGACACGUAAGAUUUCGUGCAUUAAUAAUUGUUAAAAUCUGUGUUCCAAAAGUGAACAUAGCAUGUACAGGCAGUUUUCUGUCCUGUGCACAAAAAAAAGUUAAAAAAAAGUUGUUUAAUAUUUGUUGUUGUAUACCCAAAUACGCACUAAAUAAACUCUUUAUAUUCAUUCAAAGAAAAA